AUGAAUAUGACGAUUAAUUCGACGACAUCAACGAAUUUGCCCACUGGACAGGCAGACUUCGACUUCCUCAACGCUCAACUCACCUCCCCACAAGUCCAAGGGGAACUUGAUUUUGGAUUGUUCGGACUUGAUUCGACCAUGUUGAACCAUCGUCAUCUCGAUUAUUACCUCCCCACCUGUCCUUCGCGGAUAGGAUCUGCCUUGAACCUGAAUAGCCCACUUCAACGGUUUCGUCAAACGAGUCACCUUAGUGUAGCUGAUUUGGUCUCACCAGCAUAUUCGAUUAUGGGCUCAGACGAGGAUGACACAAAAAAUUGUCUGAACGACCGGACUCCUUUGUGA